CGGAAGUACCCAAUACUCCGACGAAUUUGUUUUGAAUGAGGAAUUCUGGCUGAUUCAUUGUAGCGAGCUAGACUUGAAUAGUUAGCACACACGACUAUUCUUUCCAACAUUUUUACAGAUUAAACAGAAAUGGAUCGGCUGCUGAGGCUUGGAGGUGGGAUGCCCGGACUGGGUCAGGGCCCACCUACAGACGCCCCUGCACGUGAGACACUGCAGACAGGUGUACAUCUCCUCUCUGGCACUGCUCAAGAUGCUGAAGCACGGGCGUGCCGGUGUGCCUAUGGAGGUCAUGGGUUUGAUGCUGGGCGAGUUUGUGGAUGACUACACUGUGCGAGUGAUUGACGUAUUCGCCAUGCCGCAGUCAGGAACUGGUGUCAGUGUGGAGGCUGUGGACCCUGUCUUCCAAGCUAAAAUGUUGGAUAUGCUUAAGCAGACUGGCAGGCCAGAGAUGGUGGUGGGCUGGUACCACAGUCACCCCGGGUUUGGCUGCUGGCUGUCAGGCGUUGACAUCAACACCCAGCAGAGUUUCGAGGCCCUGUCGGAGAGAGCCGUGGCCGUGGUGGUGGAUCCCAUCCAGAGCGUCAAAGGAAAG